AUAUAUAUAUAUGUCUAUCCAUAUGUCUGCUUAUACCCUGAAUUCUCCAUCAGGCACCUGAUUUUGUAUUAGCACCAGCUUCCUUCACUGAUUCCAUGCACCAGCACGAAGUGUGGUUUUGAUGCUGCUGCUGCAGCUUCUUCAUCAUCUCUCAUGUACUCUACUGCCUCUCCUAUUUAUGGCCUCUUCUUCCCCACUUUAAUGGAAUUCUUCUUUAAAGAGUGAGGGUUACUUUGCAUUUAGUGUAUAUAUAUAUAUAUAGUUGGAGUAGUCAUAGAUAUAGUAAUGAUGUUUACCUUUUUAUCUAUAAUCAUUUUUGGAAGCUUAAAGGGGAGUUUAGGUCACUAUAGGUUAUUUCCCUACCCUACCUUAUCCCAUAUAAUACCACAUACUUGCAUAUAUUUUUAGUGGGAAAUUUGUAUCAAUGGUUCAAAUCUUUUCUAACACUACAACACACCACAUGGCAACAAUUUUGCAUCACUUUUAUGUAGCACUGCCCGAGUCUAGUCAUUUGGUUGAAGUUUUUAUUAUAUUUAUAAACCACCUCUGCAUAGCCUUAAACUGCAUUAAUUUGUUUCUCUACUCAGCACUGCCUUUACUACUAGUCAAUAUGUUUUGAAUUAGUAACAACUUGCUAUAUUAUUAUCAACGGUACAUGGAUUGGCUCCCGAAUAUCAAUAGGGAAAUGUAUAUUACUAUAUAAAACAAGGUGAUAGAAUUAGCAAAAAGUGCACAUAAAGCUUGGGCUAGAACUCCUCUUUGGAAGAGAGCAGAGCUCCUUCACAACGCAGCUGCUAUCCUGAAGUAGCACAAGGCUCCAAUUGUUGGGUGCCUGGUGAAAGAAAUUGCAAAACCAGCUAAAGAUGCAUUCUCUGAGGUUGUGAGAUCUGGAGAUCUUAUCUCUUACACAGCAAAAGAGGGAGUAAGAAUUCUUGGAGAGGGCAAGUUCUUGGUUUCUGAUAGUUUUCCUGGAAAUGAGAGGACAAAGUACUGCCUCACUUCUAAGAUCUCCGUUGAAGUGAUACUAGCUAUUCCACCCUUUAACUUUCCUGUCAAUCUUGCUGUCUCAAAGAUUGGUCCUGCAUUGAUUGCUGGAAACUCACUUGUACACAAGCCUCCUACUCAGGGUGCUGUCUCUUGCUUACAUAUGGUACAUUGCUUUCACUUGGCUGGUUUUCCCAAAGUCCUCAUCAGUUGUGUCACUGGUAAAGGCUCUGAGAUUGGCGACUUCUUUACUAUGCAUCCUGGUGUUAACUGCACAAGCUUCACCGGAGGAGAAACAAGUAUUGCAAUUUCGAAGAAGGCAGGGAUUAUCCCACUUCAGAUGGAGUUGGGAGGAAAAGAUGCCUGCAUUAUCCUGGAAGAUGCUGAUCUCAAUUUGGUAGCAACAAACAUAAUAAAAGGAGGCUUUUCAUACAGUGGACAAAGGUGCACUGCGAUUAAGGUUGUUGUGGUGAUGGACUCAAUUGCUGGUGCUUUGGUUGAGAAGGUGAAGGAUAGAGUUGCAAAACUAAGCGUCGGGCUGCCAGAGGAUAACUGUGAUAUAACCCCAGCAGUUACAGAAUCCUCAGCUAAAUUCAUUGAAGGACUAAUCAAAGAUGCCAAAGAGAAAGGAGCAACGUUUUGCCAAGAGUACAAGAGAGAAGGAAACCCCAUCUGGCCUUUACUGUUGGAUAACGCAAGACCUGAUAUGAGAAUUGUAUGGGAGGAGCCAUUUGGUCUUGUUCUUCCUCUUAUCAGAAUCAACUCUAUUGAAGAAGGAAUCCACCAUUGCACUGCUAGCAAUUUUGGCCUCCAAGUAUUAUUGAUAUUAUACCCUUUUUUUUCUCCAUGUCAGAUACUAAUACUUUCCAAUGGAACACAAGGUUGUGUAUUCACAAGAGACAUCAACAAAGCUAUCUUGAUCAAUGAUGCAAUGGAAACAGGAAUAGUUCAGAUCAACUCUGCGCCAGCUCGUGGACCGGAUCAUUUUCCUUUCCAAGUGAAUAACUCAGGCUCCGAAUAGAUUAGCUAAGUCUAAGUCUUAGCAAUUUAGCUUUUCCCAAGGCAAAUUAUGUAUAGAACUAAAAGAAAGAAUUGUUGAUGACAGGGUCUGAAGGAUAGUGGAAUAAGGUCACAAGGAAUCAUCAACAACAUCAACAUGAUGGUUAAGGUUAAGAUCACUGUUAUCAACUUGCUGAGCCCUUCUUACACCAUAGGUUAGUAUUUAUUUGUCAGAGAAUCAAUAAUCAAAACAAGUAUUAUUUGUAGCUAAUUAAUUAGUAAGAUCUUUAGACAGAUUUGGUCUUUAGAAUUGUAUUGUGUAUCCUCUCUAUUAAUGAGUAUUAAGAGUAUAAAUAAAUAAGUUAGUCUAUAAAUAUAAAAUUUGUGAACCAAAAACUCUAUUCUAAAUUUAAUCACACAACUAUUAAAUGUCUCAUAUA